AUGAAGACUACAGCUCUCCUAUGUUUGUUUUGUGUUAUAACUGCACAUUGUGCGACUUGGGGUGGGACAUUAAAUCGAGUAGUCAGAUCUCCCCCAUCUAAUGGAGACCCUCCGGUUCUAUUACAAACAAAAAACUGGAGUGGCGUUGCCCGAGGUCCAGACGGUGCCCGUGGAGUCUUCAGUGGAGCUGCAGCUGCAGCUAAAAGUCCUGGCCCAGUAGUUGAUGAAGCUUUUUCACUGGCAGCUGCUGCGCCUCCACCAGUGCAAGAAAAAUUGGAAGAGCGUUUUGGAGGACCACAUUUUCAUGGCUAUGGACAUCAUGGUCACUUUCACAGAGGUUUCGGUGGUUUCCCAGGUGAUCACUUUCAUCAUAGGAGUUGGGGACCUUACAGAAAAGCAUUUGCAACAUCAGAAGCAUUUGCUGACAGUGGUUGUGAUGAUGAUAAUUCUCAAAAUGGUUUCGUUGGUGGGCAACAAUCUGGAGCAUCGGGCAAUUCACAAGCCAAUUCUAAUACCGGAGGGGAAUCUUAUAGUGGUAAACAAAAUUACGUUUCCAGUGCACAAUACAACUCAAACACUUUUAAGAAGUCUGAAAGCCUUGGAAACGAUCAAUAUCAAGGAGAAUCUGCUUCAAAACAAGAUCAAACCUUAAAUGUUGAAUCAAAGGCUAAUCAGCAAGAUGGAGCGGAAUUAACAUCUUCGGCUCAAUUAAAAGCAGAUGUAAGUGAUGGACAACAAAGUGAAUCGUUGAACAACGGCUUCGGCAAAUCGCAGGGUUCAGUAAAUGAUGAAAGUAAAGUUGAUAGCAGUUCUCAAAGCCAAGGCCAAAAAUUGGAAUCUCACAAUAAUAACUUUGGAAGUUUCCAAAGCUACCAAAACGAGGAUGGCCAACUAAGUCAGUCUCAAAGUAAGAGCGUUGGUAGUUUCCAAAACGGUGGUGGUCAAAGAGAAAAUUCUCAAAACAAUAACGUCGGCAAUUCGCAAGAUUUCCAAAACAGUGAUGGCCAACAAAGUCAAUCUCAAAACAGGGGCGUUGGUGGUUCCCAUAGCUUCCAAUACGGUGGUGGCCAACAAAGUCAAUCUGAAAACAAGGGCUUAGGUAGUUCCCAAAGCUUCCAAAACGAUGAUAGCCAACAAAGUCAAUCUCAAAACAGGGGCGUUGGUGGUUCCCAUAGCUUCCAAUACGGUGGUGGCCAACAAAGUCAAUCUGAAAACAAGGGCUUAGGUAGUUCCCAAAGCUUCCAAAACGAUGAUAGCCAACAAAGUCAAUCUCAAAACAGGGGCGUUGGUGGUCCCCAUAGCUUCCAAUACGGUGGUGGCCAACAAAGUCAAUCUGAAAACAAGGGCUUAGGUAGUUCCCAAAGCUUCCAAAACGAUGAUAGCCAACAAAGUCAAUCUCAAAACAGGGGCGUUGGUGGUUCCCAUAGCUUCCAAUACGGUGGUGGCCAACAAAGUCAAUCUGAAAACAAGGGCUUAGGUAGUUCCCAAAGCUUCCAAAACGAUGAUAGCCAACAAAGUCAAUCUCUAAACAAGGGCGUUGGUAGUUCCCAAAGUUUCCAAAACGGUGGUGUCCCACAAGGGCAAUCUCAAAGCAAUGGUGUUGGCAGUUUCCACGGCGUCCAAAGAGGUGAUGGCCAACAACCUCAAUCUCAAGAUAAUGGCUACGGAAACGCUCAAAGUCAAAGUAGAUCCAAUGGUUUUGGUCAAAGUCGUGGUAGCAAUUCUUUCUCUCAUAUAAAUAAGGGAUACGGUGCUAACGGAUUUAGUAAUGGCGGUUCAAGAUCUUAUCUUAACAGACAGGACUCCUCUUCUUUAAAUGGAGCCAAUGAUGGAAGAUAUCACUAUGGCAAAGCCGGUGGUAGUGCUAGAUAUCAAGCUCAAGAUAGCAGUUCUGCAGGCCAAUCUUCAGAUUAUGAAAAAAGCUUAACAAGCCAAGAGAAUACUCAAACAGGGAUACCCGCUGAAGUUGGUUCCUCUGGUCACGAAGAUAUUCAAUCUACUCUAGACGGAGCUUUCAAACUCGUAUCUCAGGGGCUGGAAGCAUCACAAAAUACACCAUGUAGCACUUGUCAGAAGAGUAGUUAUGCGUUCAGCAAUGCUAGAAGCAACAGUGGUUCUGCAGUCGCUCUAUCCAUCGGAGGUUAA